CCAGCAGGCCUCAGCUGUUAUAUGGAGAGAGGAACCUUCCUUUAUUUCUCAAAUAACACUGUGAAACAACAUUUUACUAAUUUAAUUUAAUCUGUAUAAACAUGAAAGACUUUAGCUUCUUCUCAGUCUGGGUGUUUAUUAACCUGAUGCUGCUGGAGAGCUCAUCAUGUGCUGGUGACUCAAGUGUCGUGAAUCCCUGCUGUUAUUUCCCUUGUCAGAACUCAGGAGUGUGUGUGCGAUUCGGUACAGACAGCUACCAGUGUGACUGCACUCGCACCGGCUUCUAUGGAGAAAACUGCACCGUUCCGGAGUUGUGGACCAGAGUUCGCCUCCUGCUGAAGCCCAGCCCCUCCGUGGUCCACUUCAUCCUCACUCAUUUCCAGUGGUUCUGGAACUUCAUCAACAACUCUUUCCUGCGAGACACCUUCAUGAGAUUAGUGCUGACAGUCAGAAGUGACCUUAUUCCAAGCCCUCCGACCUACAACACCAAAUAUGGAUACCUGAGCUGGGAGUCCUACUACAACAUCUCCUACUACACCCGACUCCUCCCUGCUGUACCUGAAGACUGCCCGCUGCCUAUGGGAACUAAAGGAAAACCUGUUCUUCCUGAUGCCAAAGAGUUGGCUGAGAAGUUUUUCAGGAGACAGAAGUUUAGGCCGGAUCCUCAGGGGACCAAUCUGAUGUUUGCCUUCAUGGCUCAACACUUCACCCACCAGUUCUUCAAGACAAAGCAUGAAGUUAGAGUAGGCUUCACCAAGGCCCUAGGACACGGGGUAGAUGCAAGCAACAUCUAUGGAGACGACCUCGAUAGACAACAUCAACUUCGGCUUCAUAAAGAUGGAAAACUGAAAUAUCAGAUGGUAAAUGGUGAGAUGUACCCACCUACAGUAUCUGAGGUCCCUGUGCACAUGGUUUACCCUGAAGGCUUCCCAGCAGAGCGGCGCCUGGCCAUUGGUCAGGAGGUAUUCGGCCUCCUGCCGGGCCUCACCAUGUACGCCACCAUAUGGCUGAGGGAGCACAACAGAGUCUGUGACAUCCUGAAGGCCGAACAUCCCAGCUGGGAUGAUGAGCAGCUUUUCCAGACCACCAGACUCAUUAUCAUUGGUGAGAUCAUUAACAUCAUAAUAGAAGAGUAUGUGCAGCACCUGAGCGGCUACCUGCUGAAGCUGAAGUUCGACCCUUCGCUGCUCUUCAGCGUACGUUUCCAGUACAGCAAUCGCAUCGCCCUGGAGUUCUGCCAGCUCUACCACUGGCACCCACUGAUGCCUGACAGCUUCCUCAUCGACGGAGAGGAAAUCCCGUACUCUCAGUUUCUAUACAACACCUCCCUCCUCAUGCAUUACGGUGUGGAGAAGCUGGUGGAUGCUUUCUCUCGGCAGCCUGCAGGGCAGAUAGGAGGAGGUCGCAACUCUCAUCAAAUGGUGCUUAAAGUGGCAGAAAUGGUCAUCAGAGAGUCCAGAGCUGCUCGUGUGCAGCCUUUCAAUGAAUACAGGAAGAAGUUUAACUUGAAGCCAUACAAGUCUUUUAAUGAAUUCACUGAUGACUCAGAAAUGGCUCGACGCUUAGAGGAACUCUAUGGAGACAUAGAUGCUCUGGAGUUUUACCCCGGCGUCCUGCUGGAGAAAGCCCGUCCUGACGGCAUAUUUGGUGAGAGCAUGGUGGAGAUGGGUGCUCCCUUCUCCCUGAAAGGCCUGCUGGGAAACCCCAUCUGCUCCCCUGAGUACUGGAAGCCCAGCACCUUCGGAGGAGAGACAGGCUUUAACAUCGUCAGAACCUCCACUUUGAAGAAGCUGGUGUGUCUCAACACCAAGUGGUGUCCAUAUGUGGACUUCCACGUCCCACGAAAUGAGGAGGAGGUAAAAAGGAAAGUGUCGUCUGAACUUUGAUGAAUAAUCACCUGCUGAUCUGUGACUUAAUCUAUCACUUCAUGAUGAUUCUGUCACAGAUCUACUCAGACCAGGUGUAUUGUUGUCAGGGGAGAAAAGGCUAUUUUAAUACUACAUGUGAAAAUCCAGCGGCUUUCAUCCCGCCAGCAGUAGUAAGAUACUGUACUUUUGAGCAGGUCUACCUCCAAAAAAUACAGCUGAAAACUCAUUUCAUUUGGUAAUCACUGUGUUAACUGAAAUAAACGUCCCCUGAACCUUGAAAAUACUCAUUUUUGUCAGUAGCUUGUAUGUGCUUAUGUGUUUUCUUUGUCAUACUUGUACCUCUAUGUGUCAUUAUUAUUGUCAGUUGACAGAAGUAGCUCACCUAAAAGGACUGCAGCCACCAUUAAUCUAACUCUAGUUCAAGGAAUCUGUCUGAUGUGCAAGGAACAAACAGACUUAUUAGUUAGAAUUUUAAAAUACCUUUCACAACCGUUUUUUUUCAGGCAACCUAAAAUUAGAUAUAUCUUGAAAUGGAAAAUUUAGAUUUGAAUUUGAUUGAGGUUUUAUGUUUAUUCUUUUUUUUUAUUUUGAAAAAUAAAACACUGAAUUUCUUAUUUAAUUAAUUUUUAAUUUAUUUUAAAUUAUUUGUUUUUGUAAAUUUGGUUUAAAAAAUUCCUGAGUUAAAAAAUUUCUGUCACAAUUCAAAGAUGAUUUUUUUUGUUUUUUGUUUCUUUAGUCUUCUAAUUUAAUUUUUUUGGAAACAUGUUUGUGUUAUUUUAGUUGUUAGUGGAGUCCCAUCAAUAUUUACCUUGCAACGUAUUAAAUUUUCCUCAAUGGAGAGUCGCACAGAGUUCAGUUCAUUAUUUCCCUUUAACAUGAUAAUAUAGGUCAGACAGCCUAAUAGCAGUUCAGUGAUUGGGGCAGUUUAACUAUGAACUGCUCAGUAGAGUUAUAAAUUCACUUCAUGUCACAGUGAUUCUACACAAAACAUUAUUUCAUUUCCUUGUACACAUUUUAUGAGCAAAACCAGAACAGGUAGUAGAAAAGCUGUUACUUCCUGCCCCUUAAUAAAAACACAGAUAAACUAUACACAUUAUUGAUAAGUGGUCUGCCAGUUUAAAUUAAUAAUAAAAUAUGUCUACAUUCUGUCAGCUAAAAGUGUUUGUUAUGUAUAAGUUUCUCACAAUCAAAUAACUCUUUACACGUGUUGCUUAAUAUUAAAAUAUUAGUAUCACUGAUAGCUUGGUUUGACGCCAUCAAAUUUUCUACUGUAGUUUUCUGCACAUUUCUUUUUCUUUCUUUUUUUUGUAACCCUGUGCAUAACUAAUAUUGUCUUUUUCAAAUGCUCAGUAUUGUAAUCUAUAAUGAUCUCUACUAUAAAUAAAUUAUAUCAGAGACAUUUUCCCGACUAAUUUAGAUCCGUCAUAAAUCUUCAGUACAACUAUUCAUAUCAAACAUUUAAACAGUUGCAAUGCAAGAUAAACGGAAGCACGACAUAACUGCAGGUCAGUCUGUUUUAGUGAAAGCCUAGAAAUGCUGUCACCGAGUUUGUUGAAACAAACAGUGAGUGUGUCUGUGUGUGUUUCAUGUCAAGAAUAUUGUAACACCAGCAUAUGAUUGUGUUACCUGAGCACUAAUUUGUACUUACUGACUGACAGGAUGCAGAGUUUCUUCUUGUGAGAAACAAAUUCACACUGUGGUUUUGGCCCAAGAUGUUAAGAUGCUAAGAUGUGAUAUUUUUACUUCCGUGUUUCAUGUUUAAAUUUUGUGGUUACAGCUUUUGAUCUAUCUAACGAUGUGGUCUGGCACAAAAACUGCUGUGCCACAUACAUUACCUCUAGUAAUAUGAGGGACAACUGAUUAGAUCAUUCAUUAAAGGUGCUGUAUGUAAGCAUUUUAUUGAGAAAGCUUGCUUUCCAUAACACUGUUUAUAAAAGGUCAACAUAUCUGUUGUUUUGCAGACAGUUUACAGUUAUGAAGCCUCUAUUUUUAAUUCUUGAAAUAUGAAGAGUAAUUGUUGGAUGUCACAGAAAACUUGAGGACAUUAUAUAUGACAAACUAGUUGCAACUUUUCAGCAACAAGGUAGACAGCUCCUAAAACAGCAAGCGGUAUCAUAUACUUCACUGCAAAUGACACCAUAGUUUACUAAAUGAGCACCUUGCUGACUUGAAAAUGACAUGAAACUAGUGACUGAGACCAUGAAGUCGUUAGGAAAACGUUUACUGAGGUAACAAAUCAAGUGAGAAAUAGUCGUUUUUUCAUUGACUUCUAUGCAGUGUGACUUCUCUUUGCAAACAGAGGUUUCGCCCCCUGCUGGC